UGGAGGCGGGGUCGGCCCGCCGGCCGAGGAGCGGUAGGCGCGGUGGUCGUAGGCCGAGCUGCGGCUGUGUGCCGACGGUGGGCUGUCCGCAGGGCCUGCGCUGCCGCCAUGCUCUGCGAGAAGGCCAUGGAGCUGGUCCGCGAGCUGCACCGCGCGGCCGAGGGGCGGCUGCCGGCCUUCAACGAGGAUGGACUCAGGCAAGUUCUGGAGGAGAUGAAAGCUUUAUAUGAACAAAACCAAUCUGAUGUGAACGAAGCAAAGUCAGGCGGCCGAAGUGACCUGAUACCGACCAUCAGGUUUCGACACUGCUCUUUGCUGAGAAAUCAGCGCUGCGCUCUAGCCUACCUGUACGACCGAUUGCUUCGGAUUAGAGCGCUCAGGUGGGAAUAUGGCAGUGUCUUGCCAAGUGCUUUACGAUUUCACAUGUCUGCUGAAGAAAUGGAGUGGUUCAAUCACUAUAAAAAGUCCCUUGCUACUUACAUGAGAUCCCUGGGAGGAGAGGAAGGUUUGGACAUCACACAGGAUAUGAAGCCUCCCAAAAGCCUAUACAUAGAGGUGCGGUGUCUGCAAGACUAUGGGGAAUUUGACGUUGAUGAUGGUACUUCAGUCCUUUUAAAGAAAAACAGCCAGGAGACUGUUUCUGGCCAACAUGACGCUCAAGUCCACCUGUGGAGAGAGUCCGCCGAGGCUGUGGGUCGCACGUUCUCAGGGUACGCGAGUGCACGUGCUCAGGUCAGUAGGCGGCCCUUGGCCCAUUGUGAGCCUGGAGUCCUCGAGUUGGCGCGAGGACGGACCGCAGUGCAGGCCGUUCGUUGCCACGCCGCCAGCCCAGCCUCGUUCCUGAGCUGACAUGAUGCGCUUUCCUGUUCAGUCCCAAGUGAAACAUAAAAAUGUAACCGCAAGAAGGCAGCCGUCGGCAAGCCAAGGACAGAGGCCUCAGAAAAAACAAACUUGCCAACACCGUGACCUUGGAUUCAGCCUCCAGAAUUGCAAGGAAGUGGAUUUCUGUUACGAAGCCACGCAGUCUGAGUUUUGUAACAGCAGCCUCCUCAGACGAAGAGGCGCCCGCACUUCUGAGAGGGGUCUGCUUCCCUGCUGACGGCGCUUGGACAGUUUGCGCCCUUUCGCUGUUACAGACACAGCUGGGUCAGUAGCCUUGUGCAUGCGUCGUUCGCUGUACAUACAGCUUUGUGUGGGGGAGAAUUUUAAUUCUGAUGGCACAGAUGUAGGAAUUAUAAUUUCUCCUACCACCAGAGAUGAAGGAGUCGCUCCCCCCACCCCCUUUGCUCACAGAAUGUUUCCAAUUUGGGGCUGUUGCACACAUGUUCAAGUCUUUUAUGGACACGUAUUUCCUUUUCUUUGGGGCAAAUAACUAGAAGUAAAAUGGAUGGGUCAUGUUGUAGGUGUGAUUUUAACUUAAGAAACUGGCAUGCUGCCCCGAGAUGGCUGCGCAUUUCGUGUUCACGUCAGCGCUGUACGAGUUCUAGUUCCUUCGUGUCCUCCACAGGACUUGGCAGGAUUACCCUUUCUGAUUUUACCCAUUCUAAUAGCUGUAAGGUGCUAGCUCACCGAGAUUUUAAUUUGCAUUUCCCUGGUGACAAAGAUGUUGAGUAUCUUUACAUGUGAUUAUUUGGAAUGUGUAUCUUUAUUUGGUGAACAUGUCCAGAUCUUUGUCCAUUUGUUGAAAAAUUAGGGUGUUUUCUUGUUGAGUUUCGGGAGUUCUUUAUACAUUCUGGAUGUAAGUUCUUUAUGAGAUACAUGCUUUGCAAAGGUUUUCUCCCAGUUUGUGGCUUGUCUAUUCAUUUUCUUAACAGAAUCUUUUGAAGAGCAGACAUUUUAGUUUUGAUAAAUUUAUUCAUUUGUUUUA